UGCAGUGCAAGAUGUGCCUCCCAGCAGUGAAGUACCUGUCUGCUUUCAACAACUCCACUUCAAAUCUGCAGAAGCAUGUGUUGAGGAAACAUCCAUCGAAACAGUUGGCUUUUAGCCGAGCAAAGCCAGGGAAGCGAACCCACCAAGCAAAUCCACCAAGUCCAAGCAAGCAAACAAAUAUAAAAGAUGCCAUGACAGUGGGAGGCAACCGCCGUGUGCCACAAGGCAAGAUCGACAAGAUCAUCAUUAGGCUAAUAUGUGAGGGUCUUCAUACAUUUAGUUUGGUUGAACAACCUGCGUUCAAAGAACUUUUGACAACGCUAAAUCCACAAUGCAAGGUCAUUUCCAGGCCCACUGUCCGGACAAGAUUAGAGGCAUCUGCCAUUCAGAUGAAGAAGAAUGUCAUGUGGGGAUAG